UAAGGAUUUUGGUAUCCGGGUAUUUGUUUGUUCAGAAAGUCCGUGACUUUGGUUUGAAGCAAGAGCAGUGCUGGUGGGACUGUGAUUCUGAGGCUGCAGUUGUGUCUGGAUAAGGCAAAUAUCAUACAUUCAUGUGGGAAUGGAUGGUUGGUUGUGCUGGUUUUGAGUAGUGGCUUUGCUGGUUUUGAUUUUAAUGAACAGAGAGAAAGAAAGAGAGUUUUUAUGAUAUGGGAACAAUGAGUGGUUUGUUGAUGUUCUUGUGGAAGGUGGGUUUACUUGUUUUGGUAUUGGCUGAUGCUUCUUCUGCAACUCUCUCUCCUACUGGUGUAAAUUAUGAAGUUGAAGCUUUGGUGGCUAUAAAAAGUGAUCUAAUUGAUCCACACAAUGUUUUGGAGAACUGGGAUAGUAACUCUGUAGAUCCUUGUAGCUGGAGGAUGGUUACUUGCACACCUGAUGGCUAUGUAUCUGCUCUGGGACUGCCUAGCCAGAACUUGUCUGGUAUCUUAUCUCCUGCGAUUGGAAACCUCAGUAACUUGCAAUCUGUGCUGCUUCAAAAUAAUGCAAUUUCAGGCCCCAUUCCCGCUUCAAUUGGGAAUUUGGAGAAGCUUCAGACACUUGAUCUCUCCAAUAAUAAUUUCAUUGGUGGCAUACCAGACUCCUUGGGCAACCUAAAGAACCUGAACUAUCUGCGGUUAAACAACAACAGCCUUACAGGAUCAUGUCCUGAUACUCUGUCCUCGGUUGAAGGUCUCACUCUGGUGGACCUUUCUUUCAACAAUCUUAGUGGCUCCUUGCCAAAAGUAUCUGCGAGAACUUUCAAAAUUGUUGGUAACCCUUUGAUUUGUGGCCUGAAGGCCGAGAACAACUGUUCUGCUGUCUUGCCGGAGCCAUUAUCUUUCCCACCUGAUGCUCUAAACGCUCAAUCAGACUCUGGGACUCAACGCCACCAUUUGACUGUAGUAUUUGCUGCAAGCUUUGGUGCUGCUUUUGCUGUCAUAAUAAUAAUUGGGUUACUUGUUUGGUUGCGAUAUAGACACAACCAGCAGAUAUUCUUUGACCUCAAUGAUCAAUAUGACCCUGAAGUAUGCUUGGGUCAUUUGAGAAGGUAUACAUUUAAGGAGCUCCGGACAGCAACAGACCAUUUUAACUCUAAGAACAUUCUUGGAAGAGGUGGCUUUGGUAUUGUAUUCAAGGGAAUUUUGAAUGAUGGGACACUGGUGGCAGUUAAAAGGCUGAAGGAUUACAACACUGCUGGCGGUGAAAUUCAGUUUCAGACAGAAGUUGAGAUGAUAAGUUUGGCAGUCCAUCGGAAUCUUCUGAGGCUUUGUGGGUUCUGUUCAACCGAGAAUGAAAGACUUCUUGUUUACCCGUACAUGCCCAAUGGAAGUGUAGCAUCUCGAUUAAGAGAUCAUAUUCAUGGUCGUCCAGCUAUAGACUGGGCAAGGCGAAAAAGAAUAGCCUUAGGUACGGCCAGGGGGUUGGUUUAUUUGCACGAGCAGUGUGACCCCAAAAUUAUCCACCGUGAUGUUAAAGCAGCCAACAUUUUGCUAGAUGAAGACUUUGAAGCAGUUGUUGGAGAUUUUGGGUUGGCAAAGCUUUUGGAUCACAGAGAAUCACAUGUAACCACUGCGGUACGGGGCACUGUUGGCCAUAUCGCUCCAGAGUACUUGUCAACCGGUCAAUCAUCAGAAAAGACUGAUGUUUUUGGCUUUGGAAUCUUGCUCCUGGAGCUAAUAACAGGCCAAAAGGCUUUGGAUUUUGGAAGAGCUGCAAACCAGAAGGGUGUAAUGCUUGAUUGGGUUAAGAAGCUCCAUCAGGAGGGGAAGCUAAAUCUGAUGGUAGAUAAAGAUCUAAAGGGUAAUUUCGACCGGAUUGAGCUUGAAGAGAUGGUUCAAGUUGCCUUGUUAUGUACUCAAUUUAAUCCUUUGCACCGCCCAAAAAUGUCUGAAGUACUAAAGAUGUUAGAAGGGGAUGGUUUGGCCGAGAAAUGGGAAGCCUCACAGGGGGUUGAGACACCAAGGUUCCGGUCAUGUGAACACCCUCCUCAAAGAUACUCAGAUUUUAUAGAUGAAUCUUCACUUGUGGUAGAAGCUAUGGAGCUUUCUGGCCCGAGGUGACAAGUAGGUUUUAUCUACCUAUUACCACUUUCUUCGCUAAGUUGCUCAACUUUGAAAUGAGAAGAAAUAUCUGAUUGUUGAUAGUUGUUGAACGCAUGUACUUAAUCUGUAAAAAUGAGAAAGGAAAGUGAUGUAAAAUCAUCUUCUUCUGUGUUGGAAGCUCAAUUGCUUUGAUUGAGCGUCUCACAGAUACUUUGGCUUUGCAUUAGAAAUUAGAAAAUUGUCGUCUGUAUGUUUGCAUCUA